GCCAGAAAGGGUCACCGAGAGCCAGAAAGGACCACCGAGAGGCAGAAAGGGCUACUGAGAGCCAGAAAGGGCCACCGAGAUUCAGAAAGGGCCACCGAGAGCCACCUCUGCUCCCACCCUGCAUCCUGCGCUUCUCCCGGCUCCCAUCGCCCAGCUGCAGCCACCGAGGGGACAGAAAGGACCACCGAGAGCCACCGCCCGUGCACCCUGCGCUUCUCCCGGCUCUCAUCGCUCUGCUGCACUUGCCGAAGAGGCAGAAAGGACCCCCGAAGAGGCAGAAAGGACCCCCGAGAGCCAGCUCGCUCCCAGCCCGGCCCCUGCGCUUCUCCCCGCUCCCCCCGCUCGGCUACAGCUCCCGCCCCGCAUCCCUGCGGCUUCUCGGGGGUGAAGAUGAGUGCUGAAGAGAUUCUGGUGCAUGCAGUAGAACUUGGAAAAAAUUUCUGCCUCUAUUUUGACGAGCUGGAGUGUGAUGCCCUGUGCAAGGAGAAGACUCUGCUGCGAGUGCUGAGGAACGUGAAGAGCCAGCUGCUGGUGGUGCGGCCCGACCUGAACGUGGCAGCCUUUGAGGACGUGACAGACCAGGAGAUGCAGUCUGGCAAAGGGAUGCACUUCAGCAUUCACUGCUACAAAACCACCACGCCCCUAGCUGGGAUGCCUGUGGCCUUCAGUGUCCAGGUGGAAAACAAGAGUUAUUACAUGUGCUGUGAGAGGGAAAGUGGAGAAAUGAUCGUUAGGUUCAAGGAAGGAGAAGUUCCCAAAGAAAUUCCUGGUGAAAGCAACAUCAUCUUUUUCAAAAAGACAUUUACAUCUUGCUGCUCCACAGCAUUUAAGUUUGAAUACUCCAUGGAACAAGGAAUGUUCUUGGCCUUUGAGGAAGAAGGCUACUUGAGAAAAUUAAUCCUUAAGAAACUGUCAGAAGAUGAAGUGGAUGAAACCAUGAAGAUGAGUUUAUGUAAGUUCAGUCAGAAUGAAAAUCACAACCUAUGAUGGAACACUUCAACAGGUUUAAAAUACAGCUUGUUUUAUUUAUAUAUAAGAAACUUUAAUCUUUCUUCAUUCUAAACAAGUCAGUUUUAACUACUGUCAGUACUCAUUAAAAAAAAUAAAAGCAAGUUUUUGGCAAAAGGCUAAGCAUGUUUUCCAGUCAGACAGAAGAGACUGGCUACAAGAAAGUGCAUGUCAAUGUAGACUUGCAGGAUUUGAUUCCUAAAAUCUUUAAUGCCUAAAUCCCUAUAAUCUUUAACAUCAACCCCACAGCUUUUGAAUGAGGUUUGGAUUUCUACAUUGCCAAACCUCUCAGACAAUGAAUUUCUCACCCAAGCAGCUCAAAUACCCAUCCAGCUGCAUCCUGUGUGAGGAAACCUCGGACACUUUCCAUGAGAGACCCUCAGCUUGCCCGCAGGGACUUCCCCAUGACUCACCAUCUGCAGGCUCCCCCUCCUGGCACAAAAUUAACACAAGCUGGCAUUUAACCUGACCACAUCUCCAUUCUGACCACAACACCAUCCAAAAAUUGGCCAGCUACCUGCUUUUGCUAAUAAAGAAAAUUUACAAUCCACAUGAAAAAGAAAAAAACCCUCAAAGUCUUGUAGAACCCAAACAGUGACUUGGUUGUUCUGCUCAUUGCAGACUCAUGGUGGCAACACAAACUCUCUUCCUCUCACUAUUAAUAGUGCCACAAAAGUACCAUAAGAAUGUGGAAAGAGUUUUCCACUUCUUGGCAAUGUGAAAGUCAGAAAGUCAAAAACCACAAUCUCAGUUCCCCUGAAAAAUCCCUUAAAGAACAGAACAUUUUCUCAGCCUCCUCUUGGUUGUCUUUUCUGUCACACAGGACCACACAGACCAGAGUAUUUAGAAAAUGAACCUCAAAGAAGUGUUGUAGAUGAACAUAAAAACCUUGAAAGUCAAAUGUUCCUAAAGUCAAUCUGCAAAAGUAUUUUUAUUCUACACCAAUCCUUGCUGUGUUUUCUAAGGGACAUUAAUUAUCCUUAAGUCAAGUCUAAGUCACCUCUAAGUAUUAAUUCAUACAAAUAUUCUUCGUUUUAUGAAGUAAGGCAGAGCAGACCUAGCUACAGAGAAAACAUUUUGGGCAACCCAAAAGCAGUAAAAAUGGUUCAGAAGCACACACACAAUUUCUGUAAAUUCUUUAUUGCAUGGAUUAAGAAAAAAAGUAUUCCCUUUUCUACAUCAGCUCCCAGGGUCCAAAGAGUUACAGGGUCUGCCUCACAAACUGAUGUCACAAGAAGCAGUUCAGUUUUCAUCAAGCCAAGCUUGUUUUACAGAACAGGACACCAA